UACAAGGACUUUCGGUCACCACCUUGGGAAAGUGAAAAAUACGAAUACACGCGCAUAUAUUGGCACGUCAUCGCCGCUAAAUUUAUUUUCGUUUUAGUCUUUGAGAGCGCCACUCUUUUGCUGACCACGAUCGUAGCUGCUCUCGUGCCUGAUAUGCCACGUCGCGUUGACAUUCUGAUGCGUCGUGAAGCUCUUCUUGUAAAUGAGGUGAUCCUUCGUGCUGAGCUUAAGAAGGAAAAAAGGGCACGUCGCUUUGGCGAAUUGAAUCGCCUUGGUUCCGGGGAGGAUACAAUCGACACUGGACUUCGUCGUCGCAACAUAAUGCGCCAGCAGAAUACUUUUGGCCUCUCAAUGGACGACGCGCCGAUCGGCAACGAGCCAGAGCCAAGUAUCGGAUUUACGUCUUACGAGCACAACACUGGGCCUCAGGUAGACUAG